AUGGACUACAUAUCACAGUUCACCACUGACAUACGAUAUGUCAAAAGAGUCGACAACGCCCCAGUUACCACCCUCUCCCACAACAUCUCUGCACUCAUGUCCUCUCCCGUCAACUACGCCGCCAUUGCUGCAGACCAGGCUGCCACCUUCACAACAGUCUCCGAGAGAUUCGACCACGUGCACAUAGCCCUCGCUCGACCACUACCCUACUCCAACGGCCAUCGCUACCUGCUGACCUGUGUGGACUGUUUCACGCGCUGGCCCCUGGCAGAUAUCACCACCGACUCCGUCGCACAGGUCUUCAUCGCCAAGUGGGUCUCAAGGUUUGGCGUGCCUCUCAACCUCACCUCUGACCGUGGCAGUCAGAGCCAGCGUACAGAUCUCCACAACUCCUCCGCUGAGCUCGUUUAUGGCACCAUGCUCAGACUUCCAUGGGAAAUCCUUCCUGCCACACCUGACCCUGAGCCCUGCAGCAUUCAGGACUUCAGCACGUGCUUCAAGAGUGCCAUGAAGAGCUUUCAGCCAGUGCAGCUCCGCGCGUUCCCAACGAAGACCUUCGUCCACCAAGACCUUGCAACCUGCUCACAUGUCUUCAUCAGAGUGGACGCAGUAAACAAGCCUCUGCAGCAGCCAUAA